AUGUUGUUCCUCAAACCGUUUAUUUCACCUCCAUCAUUCGUCAAUUGGAGUAAACCAAAUAUUAGUGGGAAUCCAACUGAAGCCAAUGCUAAAAUUGGUAGAAGAGUGAAGGUUGUUUGUCUUGGAAUGUUGGCACCAAGAAAGUUCAUGCAAAAGAGGAAGAAAAUAGAGGUUUUCAAGGAUGCUGCUGAUGAAACGGAUCAGAAAAACUGGAGGAGACUGAUGAACGAAAUUGAGGAGGCAGGUUCUGCAGUUUUAGUGCUCAAAAGCCGAAGGACCAAGAACCAGGCUCUUCCUAAAGAUGUGGUUGUUGGCACCUUAAUUAGGUUUAAGCAGAUGAAGAAGUGGAACCUCGUCAGUGAGAUUCUUGAAUGGCUUCGGACACAGCAUUGGUGGAAUUUCAACGAGAUGGAUUUUCUGAUGCUUAUUACAGCAUAUGGAAAGCAAGGGGACUUUAACAAGGCUGAAAGGGUAUUAAGCUACAUGAACAAGAAGGGCUUUCCACCAAGUGUCAUAUCCCACACUGCUCUCAUGGAAGCAUAUGGAAAAGGCAGGCAGUACAAUAAGGCAGAAGCAAUAUUUCGAAAGAUGCAAUCUUCAGGUCCUGAGCCUUCUGCUGUAACAUAUCAAAUAAUUCUUAAAAUAUUCGUUGAGGGAGACAAGUUCAAAGAAGCUGAAGAGAUUUUUGAAACCCUUCUGAACACAGAGGUUUCACUUUUAAAGCCAGAUCAAAAGAUGUUCCACAUGAUGAUUUAUAUGCAUAAGAAGGCAGGGAACUAUGACAAAGCUCGUAAACUAUUUGCGUUGAUGGCUGAGCGAGGAGUUCAACAAACUACAGUCACUUAUAAUAGCUUAAUGUCAUUUGAUACUAAUUACAAGGAGGUUUCGAAAAUUUAUGACCAGGUAAAUUUGAAUUACUAG